UCGACAUAGUCGGCCGUGUUGACAGCGGCGCUUCGGUGGUCGGAUAGUGGGAACAAUCCGACAUGAGUUUUGAGUGACACCUCACGUACCAUUUUUGCCAUGUUUUUGGAUAUUGACGCGGGUGCUCCGGUCGACUAUGGCCGCGUUGGAAUGUCUGGGUUCGCCUAGCGUGGCAGUGAGGCUCGGCUCCACUACAAAAACCACAGCGGAGAAAUGGAGACGUCACAUUGUCCGCCAGCUAAAACUUCGGGACAAAUCUCAGAUUAUGUUUCAAGAUGUCAUAUCAGCAUAUGUAAAGCUCUUGGAGCGGUCAAGUAUUAUUGGAUAUGUGGCAAGACACCCAUUGCAGCGUUCUAAAGAAUCUUUGUCAUCUGAGAUUACUGAAGAUGCGAAUACGGUCCGAGUUCUCAGGAAAACAAGUGGAGAGUUGGCUUACCAGGUAGUGGAGCUUCAGCAGGCGAUAAGAAUCAAGGACUCUGCACUUGACCAGCAGCGUGACAGGAUGCGGGAGGUGAAGAGGAGGCUGGAGGAGGCUCAGGCGGAGUUCUGGGGUCUACAGGCCCGGGUGGAGGAGGUUCGGGAGGAGAACAGCGCUCUGAAGCAGGAGUACGAUGCCAUGCUGCAGAGGCAUCGCGGGAUGGAGGCGACGUUUCGCGCUGAGAAGGUGCGCGGGGCUGAGCUCCUGGAGGACCUGGUCCAGCGCAAGCGCCUCGCCGCCGCCCACAUGAACAGCAGGAACGAGAAGAGAGUGCGCGCGAGAGAAGACAACCUUAAAAAGGAGCUUGAGACGGCUGCGAUGAAGAAGGUGGACAUAGACGUAGGGUUCGGAUCUGGCAUUCCUACUGAACCGGCAUCUCCGAAGAACGAGACUCCUGAGGAUUCGGACCGAUUCCAUCGCCGUCUGUUUCGGUCAGCGUCAGCACCACGGAUUCUAGACUCCAUUAAAGAGCUCUUUGAGAAGAAAAGGAGAGGGAACACGGUGUGCAGUCUAGAAGAGGACAUCUACACCCCUGUUGGAAUAUGCCUGUCUGCAAGGGUUCCUGCUAAAGCGCUGCACUUCCUGGACGCGCACGAGCUGGGCAUUAACGCAGUGCGCUUCAGCCCCAGCUCCACCCUGCUGGCUACAGGGGGAACCGACCGGGUCAUUAAGCUCUGGGACGUCACUGCAGGCAUGCUGUGCAACAGAUGCUCACUAGAUGGCAGUAACGAGGGAAUUACGAGCAUCGAGUUUGACCCGACCGGGACCAAGGUCUUGGCCGCGUCGUAUGACAAAUCCGCCCUGUACUGGAGUCUGGAUGGCUGUGCCCCCAAGUUCACCCUGACCGGUCACUCCCGCAAAGUCACAGCCGCCAAGUUCAAGUGCAGUCUGCGGCACGUGGUGACCGGGAGCGCUGACCGGACCGUCAAGGUGUGGGACCUUCAGCGCGCAGCCUGUGUGCAGACCAUUGAUGUCCUGUCGUACUGCAGCGAUGUGGUCUGCUCCGAGUAUUACAUCAUCAGCGGCCACUACGACCGGAAGAUCCGCUUCUGGGACAGCAGGGCAGCGAGCUGCACACAGGAAGUUCCUCUCCAGGGGAAAGUGACAUCACUGGACCUCUCCCCCGACCACCGGCAGCUGCUCAGCUGCUCCCGAGACGAGUGCCUGCAGGUGGUGGACCUGAGGAUGAGCAACUCCAGGAGGACUUUCAGAGCUGAUGGCUUCAAGUGUGGAUGCGACAGCACCAAGGCCAUCUUCAGCCCCGAUGGGAACUAUCUGGCAGCAGGUUCAGCAGAUGGGGCUGUCUACAUCUGGAACGUCAACUCUGGCAACCUGGAAACCCACCUGCCUGGCAUGCACAGCUCCUCGGUGAACGCCCUGUCCUGGUCGGUCUCUGGGCAGUACGUGGUCAGCGUGGACAAGAGCCGGAGGGCCGUGCUGUGGAGCGACUUCUGAGGGCCACGUCGGGGGGCAUCUCCUCAUUUCGGGGUACACAGGAGACCCCCGUGUUCGGCUAACAGGCCUACUGACCUGGUGAAAAACAAAAUGGCGGAAAAAUGCCUGCUGCUCACCUCCAGUGAGGGUGGGCAUGGUCGCCUGGUGCCCCGGGACUCAAACGACAUGGCAUUCCUCCUCCCCUGAGUGGGUGGGCGUGUGUGGGCCGGAUCCUGACUGGUGGUUGGCUGCAUUUUUAGGGAAUUGUUUUUGUAUUUUUUUAAUAUAAUAUGUAGUAUAAUAUGUACAUAUAGUAUAUAGAAGGGGGAAGGUUGUACCUCCAGUAAAGGGCUGUUUUCUCAUCUGAUCAUAAGGUUUGUGAAUGUUGAGUUCACCUUGCCCUGCAUUCAGACCACUGCUGGUCCAUGCAGCCACAGUCGGAGCCCUGUGUGGCGUGAGUGGUGAUGUCAUUUCCUCCGAGCACUUAAUCAGCUUCCAGUGGGUAGCCGUGGGUGCAGAUAAUGGAGCUAUUAGCCAUCCUCACAUAUCCAAAUAACUCUCAGCCUAGCUUGGGGUAGCAGCGGUUUAACCUGGUUCUGAUCCAACAAACCAAAUCUGGACCUGGGACACCACUUUUGAAUGCUGCCCAAUGCUGCCCAGCCUUUUCCGGGAGAUCUACAGUCCUGUGGGUUUUCACUCCAACCCUAACAAAGCACACCUCAUUCAACAGCUAGAGCAAGGUUGCCCAACACUGUUCCUGGAGAUCUACCAUCCUGUAGGUUUUCACUCCAAGCCUCACAAAGCCACACCUCAUUCAACAGCUCGAGAUCUGCAUUGAGUUGCUAAUUAGUAGAGUCUGGUGCCAAAUUAGGGUUGAAAUGAAAGCCUAUGGUUGAUGGUAGAUCUCCAGGAACAGGGUUGGUUACUGCUGGAUUUCAAUAUAAGCGUUCAGCAGAUGUUCUUAUCCCCAGUCACUUACACGUAGUUUCACUUCAUACAGCUGUACUGACGCUAUUCAGGUUAAGUUAACUGCCCUAGGGUAUGGGUAUGGUGGCAGUUUUCUACCUGGGAACCGAACCUGCAACCCUGCUUUGUAGUUUCCCCUUCACUGUGUUUUCAUAUGAUUGCGAUGAAAAGGCACUAUAUGAAUGAUGAACCAUGAGGAUGAUGGUUAUUGUUUUUUAUUGUUAUUAUUGUUCCUACAUCAGCUAUUUUGGGGCGGUUGCGUAGCCUGUCUGAAUUGCUUCUUAUUUCAGAAACCGCUCUGUUGUAUAAGGCGACUGGCACAAAGGGAAUGGUCUUAUUUCAGUGUCCAGCGUCACUGUGGUUUCUGAGGGAAAUGUGUCAGUGUACAGCUCUGCAGUGCCUUUAUUUAUCCUUUAACCCAGAAAAUACAACAUGAACUCCCAAGAAGAACUGUGCACAUUCCAAUCUAUAUUAACUGAACGUACCUCCAUACCCAUGCUAAUAAACCUAAGCUAACCCAGUCCUCUGAAAAACUAAAUGCAAAAAGAAGUUCUAUUUUAUGAAGGUAACUGAUAUAACGAUGAUGAGGAAGUCAAUUGUUUUAUAUAAGCUUUCUCCUUUUUGCAUUUACAGUCUAUACUGUAUGGGGGGAAGAGGAAGAGGGGUAAAGAGAGAGCUCUUGAAUUCGGAUUAACUAUCUCUCACACACAAAGCUCUUUUCUGUGUGAGAGGGCAGGGUGGGGAGGGAGAAGAUGAGGGGGGCUGUGAGCUCUCGCUUAAGUUUUAAUGAAAGGAAGGGCGGUCCACUCUGCCCCUGACCCGCCAUUUCCACCCUCUGUUUCCACUCUGUCCCGCCGUGUUCACUCGCCAAAUCUGCACUUCAAAGGGCUUCGGUCCCCCCCCCCCCCCCCAUCCUUUUUUUGUGGUUUCUGUUUUUCUUGUUUUGUUUAUUUGUAUAAUGACACAUUUGCACAUUCGGCUUGCUGGAAUUGCCAAGUAAUAUUGGCACCUUUGAUCAAACAGUGACAUGCCUUUCAAAGCUGACGUAGACCAUUUAAAACGGUGUUAUGGUUUUAAUUUUGUUUUAUUUGCCUGAAUGUCUGUGUUUACCCAUGUUGCUGGUGUUUCAUCUGUAGCAAGUUAGCAUUGAAUUUGACUUUGGGCUGUCUGCUUAAGCACAGCUUAAAUCAUAGAAUCUGCUGCCUUGUGACCCAGUUGCUAAUCAGUCAUCAGUCAAUCGAUCAAACAAGCAAUCAGUCAAUCAAUUGAUUUACGUGAAGCCAUCAGCUAGAGCCCUUAUACAAGGGCUCCCCCUGAUCCUGUAGUGCCACAGGGUCUGCUGGGGUCCCCAGCCCUGGUCCUGGAGAACCACAGGGUCUGUUGGGGUCCCCAGCCCUGGUCCUGGAGAGCCACUGGCUCUGUUGGGGUUCCUAACCCUGCGGCUCCACAGGACCUUGGUUGGGGACUCCAGUGCUGCAUCGUGUUUCCUGUACUCAGUGCCAGUCAUUGCCUGAUAAAACACACUUCAAACCUCCCCUCACUCGAGGCAGAAGGCAUUGAUUUCACAUUUGGCCACACUGACAGCUCUUGCUGUGAAAUCAUUAAUGGCAGCAGUUUUGUGUAGCUGUGAUAUUUAUCUUUGCCAAGAGAGCCAUUUGCUUGAGCACCAUGGAGCGUUCUUAAUUGAAGUGUAAAUGUAUUAAAGGGAUCAUAGACUUUAUGCAAAUGGAGUUUAAAUCACGCUUCAAACUCAAAGGGCCUCCUUAAUGUUUGUGUUUUAUUAAAAUUGCUGCAUGGUAUUUGUGCAUAGAUCGCAUUAUAGCAAAAAAGAUCAAAAGGCCAUAUGUAUUUUCUGAACUUCAUCAGUUGCGUGGUUCAUUUGUAACCGCAUCUCUUACGUUAAACCAAUUGAGGUAGUGUUUGAUUCCGAACAUUCGUGGUGUGAUGUUUAGGGAUAGGCAAAGGUUUGAAGAUUACCUUUUCAUUCCUAUGAUUAUUUUUUGUAACCUUUCUAUUUUGUACAAUAUACAUUUUAUUUUGUUUUAAAACGGUGAAUUCUUGUUUUGAAUUCAGCUUAGCCCUUUAAAUUGGUUUACAGUGAAAAGGUUUACUAGUUAAAAUGAAGAUUGUAUAAUAUUUGUCAUACUAAUAUUCAGAAUUCUUAUGACCCCAGUUGUUAUCUUUUUAACAGUGUUCAUGAGGAAGUUUGUAAAUGAGUGAGUGCUGCUGGGUGGCUCAAAGACUGAAGAGCUGAAACGGAAGGGAUAUGUGACACACCAGCGAAACGGGUCUUUCAGGGCAAGGUUUUUGAAGAGCAGGGACGUCAAGUGAGGAAGGGGACGUGUAAUGGGGAUGCGCGCUGCUGUGUGAGAAGGAUAUUGCAUCCUUCCAUCGGGACACUAUUUGUUAUUUUGCUUCACUAUUGUCGCUUUAUUAUUUUUGCUUUAUUGUUUUUGAAGGCGAUCCUGGGAGGAGAUCUAAUCUCAGUUGGGGGUUGGCUACAUGCCGGGGUCUUAAAGGGAAUGGAAAAUCGACAGGCAUUUGAUCAACAUAUGCGCCCACUGGUACGCAAUCUAAAUUGAAAAUGUUCUCCAGGACGUAGGGGGAAAAGUGCCGCUCUAACUCCUGUUUCAGCUCAUCUUUAAGUUCCUUCCUGUGACUCGUGUCUGUGUGGCUUGGGCUCAUUGAGUGCAUUGCCCUAAGAAAAACAAGCUCUUCUGUCAAAAAACCUGUAAUUCAUAACCUUGUAAUGAGAACGUUGUCCCUUUAUGUAUUGUGCCAUUUUUUCUGUACUUGGCAACUUUCGUUUUGCUAUUUAUCAUUAUAGGGGAAAUGUUCUUGGAGGGAAGAAUGACCUUUUUAUGACCUUUAUUGUGUGGAAAUGCAGUAGGUUUUCUAAUGGGGUUCUCUGUACUGACGACAUAAUACUUCUGUGGUGCCUCCUGUUACCUGCAUUCUGUGGUGGGUGUGCGAUAGAACACGCUGUGGGUAAAGUAAAUGUACUGUAGCUGGGAUUACACAGGAGGACUGACACAAGAUCUGUGCUGAAAUAAAACCCUCUGAUUGUGUA